GGAGGCAUGAGGCCUAACACCAUCGCGCUGGGCUUCUACGACCACCCACCUCCGCUCGACAACGUGUCCCAGCCCACCGCUUUCAGCAGAGACGAGGCCAUUUGGCACGACUUCCCUUCCGUCUGGACCUCGGGAGGCCCCAAGCAACUGUCUUCCCGGGAGUACGUGGCCAUCAUCUGCGAUGCCAUGAAGAUGUCGCGCAACGUCCUUCUGGCCCGCUACUUCGACCAGCUCCAGCUGCCUCAGUCCAUCGGCUGGCGAGCCCAGCCCCUCAUCGACGUCUGGCCCAUCAACCUUUUGCGCCCCGACAGCGCCCGCUACGUCGACACCAGCAGCCUCUUCCUGUUGCAGAUGGGCUGCGUCCUGGCCAUGACCCGGUCGUGGCGACGGGCUCAAUUGCGCCUCUUCCUGUGCGUGCAGAGUUGCACCAGCCGCCAGGGGCAGGAGGACAAGCUCCGGCAGCUUCUGAAGGACCUGCGCAUCCGGGCGAAGGUCCAACUGGUGCUGUGGGACGACGUGGUGGCUCUCCAUUGGCACAGCCGCCAGGAAGACUCGGCGGACGGCGCCCUCAAUGCCUCCAGCAACAUCACGUCCAUCUCCAACGAGUAUUUGACUGCGGUUAACCAGCUGAUUCUCCAGCAGAGUUCCACCCCAACUGUCCGCUUCCUUUACCUGCCCCGUCCUCCCGCGGACACUAAUUUAUACCCCAGGUAUUUGGAACAGCUGGAGAUCCUGACCCGCGGACUGGGCCCCACGCUGCUUGUCCAUGGGGUGAGCGCCGUUACGAGCACUCAGCUGUAAAGCAGGGCUGUCGGUUGUCCACUGUGGGCAAGGGCUGGUGGUUGAUGGAACACCAGGCCGUCAAGGAUGGCCCUCAAGGAUCGCGGUGAAGGGGAGCCGAAGAUCAACCAGCAAUGUUCUUGGCUGGAGUUGGGGUUCCACAUCUCCCCCACCCUUUUCGUCCCAGACUGGGCUGUUGCGACGCCUGCCAACGACAACUGGGCAACAGGGUUAGGGCCCGGCUCAGUGUUCCUAGCCGAGUGCUUCCAUCCAGCGGGGUCUCCUCUGUGCUGCUUUUCCGAACUACUUGUAAACAACCAAAGAAUAUGAAGCUGAGUCUGGGACCUCCAUCUUGGGAGGUUGGCAGCCAGAAGGUUCCAUGGUGCUGGUGGCUUUGGAAAACUCUUGAUGGCUGCCUUUCUUGGGACACUUGUAAAGAUGGGAACAGAAUUAAAGGUUGUUGGAUUUCA